AUUCCACAACAGCCUUGCGAAGCGGGGCGACUCAACGAUGAUGGCACAGCUUUCUUGGAAGAGCACAGGAUCCGAGGUUACGAAGUUGGACCAGAUCAGAAAACUACAAUCGUCACAAUUGCAAACCUACUGCAGGAAGUGGCUGGGAAUCAUGCUGUUGCACUGUGGGGCCGUACAGAUGCAGGCUACGCCACAGACCCCCUCAUGGUGGAGCGGCAUCUCAUCUUUGCUGUGACCAGAAUGCAGAUCAGGAUGGACACCUACCCAAAAUGGGGAGAUCUGGUGCAAAUUGAAACAUGGUUUCAGGAAGAGGGGCGCGUGUCAGCAUGCCGCAACUGGAUCAUCAUCAACCAGUCCACAGGGGAGGAGAUUGGCCGCGCCACAAGCACGUGGGUGAUGGUGAACACGCUGACGAGGCGGCUGGCAAAGAUGCCGGAUGAGAUGCGCGCCAAGAUGGAGUACCUGGCACCCCACCCCUCCAGGAAUGUCCUUCCUGCCGCAGAGGUCCGUCGGAGAAUUCCGGAUCUGGCUAUUCCCCCAGAGAUCGAGGGGCCGCUUCAGGUGGCGCGGCGCAGUGACAUGGACAUGAACGGCCACAUCAACAACGUCACCUACCUGGGCUGGGCGCUGGAAACUGUGCCCCCAGACGUCUACCUCAACUACAGCCUGCACGAGAUGGAGAUCGAUUACAAGUCGGAGUGCAUGGCCGGGCAGACUGUGGAGGCUCUGGGCAGCCGCAUCCAGGAGGAGACCAACGGCUCAGGCAUGCUCAGGUUUGUGCACAUGCUGAGGCGCUGCGACGACACCGGCUGCUAUGAGCUAGUGAGGGCUCGCACCACCUGG